AAAUCACAGCUGAUGGAGAAACACACACAGCACCUUCACACUGAGGAUGCAGGGAUCUUCUUCUUCUUUUCUCUCUUCACUUUAAUCUGAGGUUAAGAAGUGUUGCUUUUUUCUUCUUCUUUUUCAUUUCUUCGCCUCGCCGCAGCAUGAGCGCUGAAUGCAGCAGUUACUACAGCGCUGACGGUGUCUUUGUGGAAGGAUUCUCGUGCCCCAGACCGGGCAACGCUGUUGCUGCUGUGUACUGCUGCGGAUUUAACGAUGUCAAGUACUGCUGUGAUGAUCCCAACAGUUUCUUUCCGUAUGAGUAUGGAUACAUGUGGUGGCUGAGUAUCGGCGCUCUGGUUGGUCUGUCCAUUGCAGCGGUGGUCCUCCUUGCCUUCCUCAUCACUGUAUGUGUCCUCUGCUACCUCUUUAUCGCCACCAAACCCAGUCGUCUUGACAAUGGCCUGCCCCUCAGAGCGCCAGAAGGAGAUCCCAGUGAGGGAUCCAGUCAUGUGAGAGUCACCUGUGUCUCUGGCCCGCAGGGAUUCAGAAAACACUUCAUGAGCCGAAAACUGGACUGCGAUAACCAGCCGCCAGACCCCGAGCUCCUGUUCCAGAGAUGUUUCACAGCUACCGUCACGGGCAUGAAAGCGGAAACUCCUUCACAGGCCUCAGAGAGACUUCUUGUUAAAAAAAGGGACCAGCAGUCCAGGGAUCAAGAGAGUCAGUAAAUCUGGAGACAGACUGUGCUGCAAAGGGACGACUGGGAUGCUUGGAGGAACAGCAGCUGACAUAAUGUGGUGUGCAUGGAAGUAAUUAUCAAAUAAUGAGGAAAAAGAACAACCCUGAAUUCUUUAGAUCAAAUAUAAGUGUUCUCAGUCAAGGUGUUAAAAGCCUUGAUUUAAUUAUUCCACACAUUAAAUUUCUCUCCUCCUGCAUAAAUAAGUGUUUCAACACCUAACAACAGUAACUGAGAGCUUAUGGAUGGAAAUUAAUUAUCCACCAUGUUCUCGGAAGAGAAUGUUUAUAAGUGGCCUCAAGAAAGCCAAAGACUUGUUGAAUCAUUAUUAUAUAUUAGGUCAACCCCUGGGGACGUAGGCCGAGUGUAGUGAUCCAGGACGUACAGUUUUAUGUGUGUCUAGGAAACAUGCCGAAGAUGUGGCUUAUAGCAGGAAAAAGAGCCUGAUACACCAAGACAACAGCAGAGUCUGGACAGCCUGGCUGUGAAGUCAGGGUGCUGUAGACUUGUAGCCACACCUGCUACAUUUAACUCAGGGACUGAGAGAUUUGUGGGAAAGAUCUACAGUGUCAUGAGACCUGAGAAAUGACAGCGCUGGUUAUAUGUUUAAAUGCUUAACAAGACUUAUGUUUACGUUUUCCUGACCUCUUGCUGUCGUGCAAGCUUUGACUCAAGGUUAGGGUCGACAUCUGUCUCCUACCAACAGUCAGAGCUGGGUUUUUUUUAAACCAUGACCAAUUUCAGUCAGAGACACAUCAAGGAACUGAUUUAUUUAUGAUUUUUUGGGGGGUAUUUUUGCUUUUAAUUGACGGCUGUCAGUGAGGAGACGGACAGGAAACAAGCAGAGAGAGGGGUAUUACAAAGAGCUGGAAUCAAAUGUAAGAUGUUUUGGGCAGUUUUGUGAUAAGCAGCUUACAGGAACAGUUCACCCUAAAAUCAAAAAACAUAUUUUUCCUCUUACAAUGUUUGGUGUGAGUUACAGAGUGUUGUGCUAGCUCACCUAGCACCACUGGGCUAGCUGUGGCCUUGUUGGAGUCACAUAAUGAUGUUUGGUCAUGGACUUUCCACUUCCACAUACAACUUUCAAAAUAAACUUCUGUUUUCACAGGGUAUUUAACGUUUACAUACAGUCUCUUUCAAAAUAAACACACGUUCAACAACCAACAACAACCAAUGUUCAAGGUUGGGUUUAGGCAACAAAAGCACGUGGUUAGGUUUUGGAAAAAAG